GAAAAAUAGACGUGUAAAGAUUGUUAGGAAAAAAUUACUUCGGUUUUAUGUAAAAUAAACUAAAUAAAAACGUUAAUUAUUUUUAGAACUUUAACUUAAAUUUAGUAGAGACAAUAACAUUUCCAUUUGCUUUAAAAAUAAAUCAUAAUUUUAACACAAUUCUAGAGAAAUGUAAGGCAAAAAACUAAAGGAAAAUUAUUGAUUUUUUUACGACACAAAACAAAGAAAAUGUACAAGAGAAAAAACUGAAUUUUAAACAAAACUGUAUAAAAGUUUAAUGAAUUAAAGAAAAUUUUGGAAAUUCUAUAAAGUUUAACAGUUUAAAUAAAACUUUACAUACGUGGCUUUCAAUAAAGCGAAAGAAAAUUAAUACAAAAAAGCCAGAUAAAAAUCUAGACGGUCUGACUAACAUUAGUGCAAGAACAACAACAAAUAUUAAAACGGUUGAAACUACGUUCAUCCCUCCUACAACUGCUAGUAAUCACAGUAGAGCAAAGAACAUACGUCAUAUGGUGAAUUUGUGGUCGAGUUGAUUGCAAAAUUAGUUGGAAUCACAAAGGGGGGGCAACAAAGGACGUUUACAAAAUCAAAACAAACAACACGACUAUAUAAUUGCAAUAACAAAAGCCUUAAUAAUUAUAUUGUGGCAAUAUGUUUGCAAAUUUCAAGAAUCGUUUAGCUUCAGUUAUAGCACCCGAUAUACCAGCUUUACCCUCUAGCCAUGAUCAUCAUAUUGCCCGUGGUUCAUCCCACUACCAUCAACGUAUGUUACAGCAACAACAAUUACAUGAUAAAUUUGCUUAUGCCCGUCCACCGUUCUUACAGUUGUUGACACCCGAUGAACUGAAGGCAUCAGCCGACCACAAUGUCAGACCGAUUAUAGUACCCCGAGACAUUGGUCUCUUGCCCUGGGGUACUGGCUAUGCGGAAUGUGUUAAUUCCGGUAAAUCGGAAUGGAAUGAAGAUCAAGGUGCCUUUUGCCGUCAAGUUCUAUCAGAUCCUACACACCAAUAUCCCGAUCUACCCUAUACAUAUUUUGGUAUAUUCGAUGGUCAUGCUGGUUAUGGCGCUGCCCUGGCGGCAUCACAUCAAUUCCAUCAUAUAUUACAUGAAAAACUGGUCGAUUGCAUUGAAUUGCUUUUGCCACGCGAGGGUAUGGACGAUUUAGCACCCUCCGCCUUAACAAAAUCACAAACUGUAAAUUCAUUUCCUCAUCCGAGCCGUUUCCAGAGAUCUGUGUCCAAAGAUGAACUAAUCGUAGGAGCACUAGAAAGUGCCUUCAUUCAUAUGGAUUCAUUAAUAGCCCAAGAUCGUGAUCGCUAUCGUGAUGCUGGUGGCUGUACGGCCUGCGUGUCUCUCUUCAUCAAUGGCAAAAUGUAUGUAUCAAAUGCUGGUGACAGUCGGGCAGUUUUGUGUCAAAGAAAAGUUAAUGGUAAACAGGAGGAUUCCGAUGGUUCGCAGGGUUCAUUUCCGGAACCAUUUUCAUUUGAUCAUACACCCGAAACUGAAAGAACACGAUUGCUGGGUGUGGCUCAAUAUAAACCACAUUUGAUGGGUAAAUAUUAUACUGCCAUGGAGUAUGCCAAACGGCCACAUGAAAGUGAUUUGGGCCAGCGUAUUUUAUGCCGACAGGGCACCAAUAAGGGCUGGACUUAUAAAACGCUUACGCGUGAUGAUUUAAAAAUGCCCGUGGUAACGGGUGAGGGCAAACGUUCUCGUCUGUUGGGCACUCUGGGAGUGACUCGUGGCUUUGGUGAUCAUGAUUUGUUGGCCAUAGCGACGGGUACAUUAAUAAAACCAUUCCUUACGGCACAGCCAGAAGUUAAUUACAGAGAUCUCACUAAAAUUGUAACCAUUCCAGAUGAAAACAAUGAAGAUGGUGACUACGGCAUUCUGGUCAUGGCCACCGAUGGCCUCUGGGACGUUUCCGAAAACGAUGCUGUCGCCCGUACAGUCUUUCAAACACUGCACAAAUAUCCCACGGAAAAACAUCGCUACACCAUGGUAGCUCAAGAACUAGUCGCUAAAGCUCGUGGAAAAAUUAACGAUUACGGUCAUUGGCGUUUAGCCGACAGCAAAGCUGCCGCUACAGUCGACGAUAUAUCAGUGAUUGUUAUACCAGUGUAUCAGUAUUAUAAGGAACAUGUAGACUAUGAACAAAAAUGUCUGAGAGAAUAUCGUGAACGUAUAGAACGUGAGACGACUGCACAAGCAUUGGAAGCAAAAGAAGAAGAACAACAGCAGCAACAAGAACAAAUUAAUUCUUUAGUAAAUGGAAUGCAAGAAAUGGCUCAUGUAGUGGUCGAGCCGGAAGUGGACGAUAAAGAGGAAAGCACGGAGACUAGGAAUAAAGAGCCGAUCAGAGAUCAGGUAGCUGAAGAGCAAUGCAAUGAAAAGGAAAAGGAUAGUAUCGAGGUGGUUAAGAAGAUUGAGGAGGAUGAUUUAGAUAAAACAUUGGAACAAUUUGAAGCUAUUAAAGAGCCGAAAGAAUUGGAAAAUGAGGAAGAUUCAUCUCCAGAAAAAUUAUCAACAUCUCCCGCUAAAUCAAAGCAACAGCAACGUAAAAAUCAACGUAAAGAUAAGCGUUAAUUAAAAUACAUAGUCUUAAAUAAAGCUAAUAAAUAAAAAAUAGUAAAUACACAUUAAAACAACAAUAAUAAGCUAAAUAAUGUCAUAAGCAAAAAUAAUAAUAAAAAUCUACCGUUUUCAUAAAUGUAUGUAAAUUUAUUUUAGUCAAUUAAUAUAAAUUAUAUUCAAAAUCCUUUAAUUAUUUGUAAUUUUGCCUUCUUGACUUUCCAUUUUUUUACAUACAAACGCAAACAACAACAACAUAUUUAUAAAACAAACAUUUAUACAAAAAUAAUUCCUUUGGUUUUUUUGAAAAAUAAACCACAAGUGAGCAAAGCCACACUAAAUUUAGAAAAACAAACAAACACUUGCAAUUUUAUUUCAAAAAAAGAAAAAUCAAACAACACACUUGCAUAUAUAUUUCAUAAUAAAACAUGCAUGCUGUAUAAAUUAUUUUUUAAAAAUAAGUUCAAUAUAUUAAUAACUAAAAAACAAAAACAAUUAUUGUAAUUAUUCAUUUAUAAAAUAAAAGAAAUUAUUAAAACAAAAAAAUUACAACAAAGAAACAGAAAACAAAAUGAGUGAAAACUAAAUAAAUAAAAAAAAAAUAUACAAAAAAGAAAAAUCAAUUAAACGUUUGCAAUAAAUUUAGAAGAUUAGAAAACUUUGAAAAACAAUAAAAUGCAAGUAAAUAAAUACAUAAUUAAAAAUAAAUAUAAACAAAAACUGUAACAAAAUAGAUAACAAAAUGCUAUUAAUUAUACAUACAUUCAUAUUUGUUUAUUUUAAACAAAUACCAUUCAAACGUUUUUUAAAUAAAACAUAAAUUAUAACAAAAAUCAAUAAUAAAAAUGAAUCAUUCAACUAUGUAGUUUAA